UAUUUGAGUAAUGAUAUAAAAUUCAAAAUUUGAAUAGCAACAAACAAUAAAAUUUAGUGGUCGUAACAUAUCGACCAUAUUGUUUGAAAUGUACUUUGUUAAUUUGUGUUGGUUAAAUAAGAUAACCUAAUUCGAAGAAAGUGUGGUAAGUGAUUUAAAUAAAUUUUAUUUGAAGAAUACGAGUGUAAUCAAUUUUGCGCAUUCAUAAAAAUGAUGUCAACGUACAGAAAUGUAAUAUGCAUUUAUGGGAAGUAUAUGCAGAGUAAUUUACCUUUAAUGUUAGGUCGUAUUAAUUAUCCAGUUUCUAAUGACAAUUUUCAACAAGUUAGAAAUAUAAAAAAACAUUGGAACCAAAAAUAUCGUAAAGCAAGGGCACAGAAAGUCAUUAAAGUAAAGUUACCUAAAUUUGAUGAAAAUGAAAGUCCUGCUGAUGCAUUUAGAUCAAAGCUAAAAGAAGCUGGAAUUCUACCACAAAGAGAUUGGACUGAAAGACCUGUUUUUAUUAGUUCUACGCCAUCAAUAUUUGAGCGCUACAUUGUUCCAGAAGGUGAUGGAAAGUUUUCUCCUCUUACUACUACGGGUAUAAAACAAAAGUUUGAAGUUUUAGAAAAAAAGAGCAAAUCCUUUAUGGCUCUUAGAAAGAUCAAAAUGUUUGAAGAUAACUACACAGCUGAGAAAUUUAGAGAUCAUCUAUCAGAUAUUUAUAAAAAGGCACAUGAAGCUUUAUGUCGCAAAGAUAAAGAUGAAAUAUUGCAAUAUGUUACAGAAACUGUUUAUCCAUUACUGAUACACAAUGUAGAAAAUAAAACACUUAUUUGGAAAUUCGUGGAAUCUCUAGAACCACCGCGCAUUGUACAUGCAAGAGUAACAAAUAUCGUAACAAAGCAUAAUGAAUAUGCACAAGUCACCGUUCGUUUUCAUACUAAACAGCUUUUAUGUAUAUAUGAUCGAUUUGGACGAGUGAUAUUAGGUAGUGAGACAGUAAAAAAAGAUGUUUUGGAUUAUAUAGUAUUUGAGAAACAUUUAGCUAAUGAAUACGGUACUUGGCGAAUACAUGGAAAAAUCAUACCAGACUGGAUGAAACCGGAGGAAGUACCGACAUUUACUUACAGUUUGCUAAAGAAACAAGAAGAACUCUCAUCCUCUGAUAGCGAUGUUCAAUCGGUUGCUAAAGUAGUACCUCCAGAAACUUUGGAUAAGCAGCAUACAACAUAAUUAUAUUUCAUGUAUAGAUUUCUGUUAUUAUAAUUGAUAAAUAAAAUGUUUUUAAAAUACAA